UUUAAAUAUUCAUUGCUAUUUGCCAAAUUCCUUGAGAUUCAAAGCUACAAGUAACUUAAUAUCUUCUUUGUUGCUUUCAUAAAUACUUUUCCAGUAAGCUCACGAACAAUCCUGGUUCAAGUUCCAUUACUCGUACAUUUGAAAUCAAUGCACUGUGUUAGCACAUUUUUGGUAUUCAUCGUUCAUAAAAGAGAAACUUGAUAUAUCUUAAAAUGCCUUUUAAUUUCAUUUAUUCAAAAAACUUCAAUCACGUUUUGUGAAUAUUACAACAAAUUCAACGAAUACAUAACUAAUAAUCUGCAUUCAAACUCAGGUCAAUACUGAACUAAACUCUGGCUUGAAUUUCUACCAUUGUCAUUUUAAAAGCAGGCAUACCAACACCGAUGAAGCAGACAUUGUCAACUUAUGUUUGUUGUUUAAAAAACUACCGAAAAAUGAUUUCCUAGUAUAACCAAGUAUACAAUAAAUAAAAAUUGAUUUGUCUAUUAUUUAGCUUGUAGCCUGUAGCAUACUUGAUAUACUACUUAAUUUUCAUAAAUUUGGAUAUGAAUUAAAACAUAACCUGUCUAUAAGAACACCAGCAUAUAUAUAUUAGAACUAAAUAUGUAUUAAUUUUAUGAAAGAUCCAACAGUGAUUAUAAUGGUGUUGUUUAUAAUAAAGAAUUGUUUAUGCCGAGUUGAAUCACAUUUCUUGAAACGAUCUUUGUUUUGCACUACUGUCUGGAAUGCUAAUACUGGUGAAACAGAUUAUCCAUUAAAACACGAUGAUAGUUUGAUAUCCCAAAGCAGUAAAAAAUGUGUAAAAGUUGCUUUCAUAGGUUUACCAAAUGUUGGAAAGAGCACAUUAAUAAAUCAACUGACACGUAGAUCAAUAUGUCCUGCAUCUGCCAAAGUUCAUACUACAAUGCACAAAGCAGAAGUUGUAUAUACAGAAGAUGAUACACAAAUUAUAUUCAUGGAUACACCUGGAUUAGUAACACGUAAUGAAAUUAAAAAGUAUAAAUUAGUGGAAACCUUUACAGAAGAUCCUAUAGUUUCAAUUAAAGAAGCAGAUGUUAUUGGAAUCAUACAGGAUGUAACUAAUGUAUAUACUAGGCAUAAAAUUAAUAAUUUUGUUAAGGAUUACUUAGAAAACAAAAGGGAAGACACUCCAUUGAUAUUGGUCUUUAAUAAAAUUGAUAGAAUAAAUAAGAAAUCAGUUUUGUUAGAACUUACAAAAUUAUUAACAAAUCCUGAAAAUUCUCCAAAAUUUGAUGAUAUUUUUAUGAUAUCUGCACUAACUGGAGAUGGCAUAGAUGAUUUAAGAAAUUAUCUACUUGAUUCAGCCAAGGUACAAGAAUGGAAAUAUGAAAAGGACUGUAAUACUGAUCAAACAGUUGAAAAUAUAAUACAAGAAACUGUAAGAGCUAAGUUAAUGGAUGUUCUUCCAGCAGAAAUGCCAUUCAACAUUAAAUUACAAAUGGAGCAUUUUGAUUACACCGAAGAUGAUGGUAUUCAGUGUACUCUAGCAUUAAACUGUCCCAAACCGAAUUAUAUGAAAACAUUGUUAACGCAUAAGGGUGAGAAAAUUAAGCAUAUAGCAUUUCAUGUAGAAAAGGAAUUACGUAAUGCAUUUAGAAAACCCGUAAUCGUACGUUUAUCUGUACAAUGUGACAAAAAGAAAAGGACAACAAUUAAUUAAAAAAAUCGACAACUUUAUAAAAAUGAUUUUUUUUUAA